AUGAAGUCCUUGUGCGAACAGGCCGGUCGAGCCUUCCGCCUCCAGGCUACCGCGAACAUGGAGAUGUGGCUCGGCAUGAAGCGGGCUGUCAAUAUGGCCGAGCGUGUCCAGAAAAAAUAUGAGGACGGCCGAGCCAAAGUUGCCGAAGCUGGUAAGAUGCUGUAG